GCCAAUAUUAAACUUUGUAUUGAUGGUGCUAGUAAUAUACUCUAUGAUUAUUUUGAUUCUGAUAGUUUAAGAUGUCAGUAUUUACCAGAUAUUAUAACAGGUGAUUUUGAUUCAGCCAGACCAGAAGUAUUACAAUAUUACAGAGAUCAGGGAUGUGAAGUUGAGUGUACACCAGAUCAAAAUUUUACUGAUUUUACAAAGGGUUUUAAAGUUAUCCAUGAAAAAUACAGAGAUAAAAAGAUCGAUGAAUAUGUAGCGUUUGGUGUAUUUGGUGGUAGACUAGAUCAUAUGUUUGGUAAUAUUAAUACACUCUAUGAAGUCCAGCAUCUAACAGAUAAACCUAUUUAUUGUGUAACAGACAACUCUUUAUGCUGUCUGAUCCACAAGGGUAAAACUGUAAUAGAUAUAACAAGUGAACAGAGAGGAAAAUAUUGUUCUUUAAUUCCUAUUGGUAGACCAUGUCAUAAUGUCACUACUACAGGCUUGAAAUGGAAUUUAGAUCACCAGACGUUAGAAUUCGGUUCGUUAGUGAGUACGUCUAAUUCUUACGCUAAUCUUGCCAGCCAUGUUACCAUAGAAACCGAAGAUUCCUUAAUAUGGACUAUGGAUUAUCAUUCCUGA